AUGGAAGACAAUGAACAAGAAGCUUUAUUUCAACAAUGUGUACAAGUAACAACAGAAGUAUUUACAAAUGCUCAAGGAUGCGUUAUGUUUCGUGCUUCCAUUGCAUAUUUGUUGCAACAUAUAAAAUCGUUUUUAAAUGGAAUGCAAAACCUAAAGAAAAGCGGCGAUAAUAAGAUAUCCCAACGUGUUCUUGGGCGUUAUUGUCUUACGAUGAAUCAAGUUAAUGACUUGAUUGCACUUACUGGGCCGAAAUGGAAAGAAAUCUUGAUAACUAAAAAAUGCUCGCAAGUUAUGGAUGAUAUUGAAAAGAUUCGUAAGUUGCUAAAUGAAAUGUGUGGAAUGCUCGAAUUUGAUACAGAAACAAUAAUUGGCUAUAACGAAAACCAAAAUCUUGCCAACAAAAUAUCCGAUUUAUCAUUUUAUAAAGAUCAGCUAUUAGACAUGCGUUCCAAUUCAUUAAGUGCUACCAAUGCGGUAGACAUCAUGCAGUUAAUUGAAGAAAGAUUAUAUUCUAUUCGACAAGAUCUUCCGAAAAAGCGUCGUCAUACCACGGUACCGAAAGAUACUCCGAGUAGUCCUAUUGAAAGUACUUCUAUUACUGACAAAUUAGAAGAAGCUCUUGAUCAAUUUAAAGAUAUCAACAUUACACCAGACGAUAUGAAAAUAGAGACUAAAAUUGGCAACGGUGGUUUUGGUACAGUAUUUUUAGGCACUCGCUACUCAACAGGCGAAUACAUGGCCGUGAAAGAAAUUAAGCCUGACAAAAUUACAACCGGAGGUCUUAGCUCUCUGUUCUCAGAAAUCAUGGUUAUGUCGAAACUAAAGCAUCGCCACGUUAUUGAGCUUACAGGAAUCUACAAUCGUCGACCAUAUCAAAUUAUCACUCGAUUCUGUCCAGGACAAUCAUUAUUCGAUAGAUUACAUAGGCCACAAGGCAAGCCUCUUACAACUAUGCAGAAAACAAGGCUCGCCUAUCAAAUGGCAAAAGGAUUAGAACAUUUACACUCACAAGGCGUUGUCCAUCGAGAUUUAAAGACUCUUAAUAUACUUCUUGACAACCACGAUGCAGCAAUCAUCGCAGACUUCGGUCUUUGUGGUGUAAUUACUCCGAAAUCAAAAGAAUUAACAGGAAGUGUCGGAACACCAAAUUAUACAGCCCCAGAAGUCCUAGGACACAAAAAGUACAAUGAACUCGUUGAUGUUUACUCAUAUGGUGUAAUUUUAUGGGAAAUGGCGACGAAUUUAAUUCCUUUCCGAGAAAAAACGCAAGCAGAGAUCAUAGAUCACGUAGUUCACAGAGGUUUGAGAUUAAAGAUACCUAAAAAUAUAACAGAUGGCCUCAGAAGACUGAUUGUUAAUUGUUGGGCCGCGAAUCCAUCAGAAAGACCACAAUUUAAAGAGAUUGUCAAAUUGUUUGAGACAGGAAUGAUCACUUUCAAUGAUAAAGAGCCAAUAACAAAUCCGCAGAUGUUGAAAGCGGAAUCCGAUGAACCUCCUUUGAACUUGAAAUACAUUUCUUCUGUUUUACAUAAUCCAUCGAACAAAAAUUUAUGUUCUGUUGUUGAUUUCAUUACAAAAGACAUGAGUAAUGAAACACGAGAUUUCUUAAUUGGCGAAGAAAUACUUGAUUCAUAUGAUUCCGAUUCAGAACAUCCGGAAAGAAGACUUCUUCUUGCUUCUCAUCUUUUAUCUGAUGACAUGUAUGAUAAAUAUGUUGACAAAGCAAUAGAAACGAUCAAGACUUUGAAUGAAGAACAACUUUGUUAUGCUAUUAAGUUUAUUCUUAAAGUUCCUGAAAGAUUAUUAUCAAAAUUCGAUUUCUUCAUUGAAGAAUCGAUUAAAUCUUUUAAUAGUAAUGAUCAAGAAUCAGGAUUUCUUGCUAUAAGAUUGUUAUCUAAGUUCGGAACAGAAACAACUAAGAAAUAUCAUACAGAAAUAUCCGAAUUCUUGAAUAAGUCUUCUAUAGAAAACAUCAGGAGCCAAGAAACUGUAAACGCAAUUGUACAAAUUGUUCCUGUGAUUUUGGAAGAUUUGAAAGAUUCGUCACUUUUCAUUUCACUUUUGAGUGGAAUUUUUGUUAUUCCCGCUGAGUUCCAAACAUUCAUUGUUGACAGGGUAGGAGCUGAACACAUACAGAUAUUGUUCAGGGCUUUCUUGAAAUCGCCAAGAACUCAUUCUGUAAUUGCAAAAAUAUUGACAAUGAUGAAGAAAAGUGACAUUGAUAAAAUUGUUGAAGAUCAAACUGUUUUCGAUGAUUUAGAGCAUUUAUUGAAUAUGGAAUGUGCACAAGAUUCCGCAUUAAUGAUGUUCUAUGUAUUAAGUACUUCUCCUAAUGUUCCUCACAUGAUUUCGAAACAUCCUAUUUUAAAUGACAUUUUGCAAAUGAAAGGACACGAAUUACAAAGAUUAAUGAUCUUUUCUGCACUUUUCCAAUCAGAAGAGUUCACAAAGGAAACACCAUUGAUCACAGAAGGAGCACUAAAACUGUUAAUAAAUGCUUUGAAUGACUUGAAUUACGCAAAUUGUGCAUUGAGAGUCAUUGGAUCAUUAAGUACUCAUAAAACAGGUAAUGCUGUUAUUUCUGAUUUCGGAAUUUUACCUAUAUAUGUACAAUACUUUUUAUCUCCUAAUUGUACAGAUUUAAGUCUUUGUAUGACUAUUUUAAUCAACAUGGCAAAGUUUUCUAUCAAAGUUCCACAGGCAUCGUUAAUUGUUUCAUGUUUGAUGCAAGAUUUAGUUGAUUCUAUGAACUCUAAACCAACAGUUUUGCAAACAAUGAUUGCGAUUGCGAGAUCAUCUCCUGAAGCAUUUCAAGCAUCAGAUUUGCAACAUAAUAUCUUGCCAUUUAUCAGUCCGAAAGAAGAUCCUUUGAUUGUUCUUUAUGUAUUAGAUUUGUUCAAUGCUAUUGAUUUGUCUGUUGUUAAGAGUUUCUCCAGAAUAUUAGUUUAUUGUCUAUUGGACACAAUUUCACAACCUGAAAUGCAAUAUCCAGAAAUAUUGGCUCAAUCAAUUACAAUCAUUAAUACUUUGUCAUCUCUUUAUGAUGUCAAAGACAUGUUGAAAGAUUCAUCUGUUUUAGAAUUCUUCAAAUCAGCAGGAGGACAAAUGAUUAACUUCUCUGAUUUACACUCGAAAAUUGAAUCUAAUGUCAAAUAUUUAUCUUUAUAUUUGUCAUCUUAA